CUGUACACGGUGUAGAAAGAGUUUCGGUAAAAAGUCAAACCUUGAUAUUCACAUGAGAGUUCACACUAAAGAGAAACCUUACACCUGCAAACAGUGUGGAAAGAGGUUUGGUUAUAUACAAGGCUUUAAAAACCACAUGAGAAUUCACACUGGAGAGAGGCCGUACACAUGCCAACAGUGUGGAAAAAGCUUCUAUCAUGCAGGAAAUUUUGCAGCGCACCAGAGAAUUCACACUGGGGAGAGGAAGUAUACAUGCCAACAUUGUGGAAAAAGCUUCUCUAAAACAGGAAACUUGGCAGUGCACAUGAGAAUUCACACUGGGGAGAAGCCUUACUCUUGCUCUCAGUGUGGAAAGAGUUUUAAGCAAAAUGUCACCCUUAAAAUCCACAUGAGAACUCACAAUGAAGAAAGAAUUUUUACCUGCACACAGUGUGGGAAAAGUAUUUCUCAAAAGCAUUACCUUGACAUCAACAUGAGGAUUCACACUGGAGAGAAACCUUACACAUGCACAGAGUGUGGUAAAAGUUUCCCAUAUAAAGGCUCACUCAAACACCACAGGAUAAGUCACACUGGAGAGAAGCCGUUUACAUGCACUCAGUGUGGGAAGAAUUUCAACCAAUCAUCACACCUUAAUCAACACAUGAGGAUCCACACUGGAGAGAAACCAUUCACAUGCACCCAGUGUGGGAAGAGUUUCAGCUACUCAGCAAACCUUAAUCAACACAUGAGGAUCCACACUGGAGAGAAACCAUUCACAUGCACCCAGUGUGGGAAGAGUUUCAGCAACUCAGCAAACCUUAAUCAACACAUGAGGAUUCACACUGGAGAGAAACCAUUCACAUGUACUCAGUGUGGGAAGAGUUUCAGCCAAUCAUCAUACCUUAAUCAACACAUGAGGAUCCACACUGGAGAGAAACCAUUCACAUGCACUCAGUGUGGAAAGAGUUUCAGCCAAUCACCAUACCUUAAUCAACACAUGAGGAUCCACACUGGAGAGAAACCAUUCACAUGCAGUCAGUGUGGGAAGAGUUUCAGCCAAUCAUCAUCCCUUUAUCUACACAUGAGGAUACACACUGGAGAGAAACCAUUCACAUGUACUCAGUGUGGUAAGAGUUUCAGCAAAUCAUCAAACCUUAAUAUACACAUGAGGAACCACACUGGAGAGAAACCAUUCACAUGCCUUCAGUGUGGGAAGAGUUUUAGCCAAUCAACAUCCCUUAAUCUACACAUGAGGAUACACACUGGAGAGAAACCAUUCACAUGUACUCAGUGUGGUAAGAGUUUCAGCCAAUCAUCAAACCCUAAUAUACACAUGAGGAACCACAUUGGAGAGAAACCAUUCACAUGCACUCAGUGUGAGAAGAGUUUUAGCCAAUCAACAUCCCUUAAUCGACAAAUGAUGAUCCACACUGGAGAGAAAGAGUUUAUGUGCUUGAAGUGUGAGAAUACUUUUAUUACAGCUGCAGAAUUGAAACGCCACCAGAGGGUUCACACUGGAGAAAAACCGUACAAGUGUUCACAGUGCAGUAAGAGGUUUGCUCGCUCAGGAACCCUGAAAACACAUGAGAGGAUUCACAUUGGAGAGAAACUUUGUUUUACCUGCACUCAGUGUGGAAAGAGUUUGGCAAGCAAAAGCAAAUUAAAGACUCACAUGAGGAUCCACACUGGAGAGAAACCAUUCACAUGCACUCAGUGUGGGAAGAGUUUUAGCAAAUCAUCGUCGCUUUAUAGACACAUGAAGAUCCACACUGGAGAAAUACCAUUGACUUGCACUCAUUGUGGGAAGAGUUUCAACCACUCAUCAUUCCUUAAUCUACACAUGAGGAUCCACACUGGAGAGAAACCAUUAACAUGCCCUCAGUGUGGGAAGAGUUUUAGCAAAUCAUCGUCGCUUUAUAAACACAUGAAGAUCCACACCGGAGAAAAACCAUUCACAUGCACUCAGUGUGGGAAGAGUUUCUACGAUUCAUCAUACCUCAAAAAACACAUGAGGAUCCACACUGGAGAGAAACCAUUCACAUGCGCUCAGUGUGGGAAGAGUUUUAACUGCUCAUCACACCUUAAAAAGCACAUGAUGAUCCACACUGGAGAAAAACCAUUCACAUGCACUCAGUGUGGGAAGAGUUUCAGCAAAUCUUCGUCGCUUUAUAGACAUAUGAGGAUCCAUACCGGAGAAAAACCAUUCACUUGCACUCAGUGUGGGAAGAGUUUCAGCCACUCAUCAUCCCUUAAUCAACACAUGAUGAUCCACACUGGAGAGAAACCAUUCACAUGCCCUCAGUGUGGGAAGAGUUUCAUCCACUCAUCAAAUCUUAAUCUACACAUGAGGAUCCACACUGGAGAGAAACCAUUCACAUGCUCUCAAUGUGGGAAGAGUUUCAGCACAUCAUCACACCUUAAACAACACAUGAAAAUCCACACUGGUGUGAGAGAGUAUAUGUGCUUGGAGUGUGAGAAGACUUUUAUUACAGCUGCAGAUUUGAAACGGCACCAGAGGAUUCACACUGGAGAUAAACCGUACAAGUGUUCACAUUGCAGUAAGAGGUUUACUCGCUCAGAAACCCUGAAAACACAUGAGAGGAUUCACGCUGGAGAUAAACUGUAGACAUGAUCAGUGUGUUCUAGGGUUUGUUACCGAAACCCGGUGCCAUUAUAGCACCGGUACCAUGGUAACCGGUAUGCACCGGUAUUAAAUCAGCGUAUGAAUUUCGGUGCUGCGGCAUGGACGUGAGGGUUGCAUGAAAAAAGGCACAUAUAGGUGUUGUCACAGCAUCACUAAACAUUUAAUAUUCAACUCGUUUAGUUUUGACUUCAUUCAUUUUUGAUUUCUGUCUUGAACACAUGAUUUAUUUACAACACAUUUUUAAACACAAUAGUUUAACUGACUCGUUUCUAAUAUCUAACGCUACUUUUUUAUGCUGACAGUCAGUGCAGAACAUUUUACUAGUUAUUUUGCAAGACAGUAUUCAGACAAAGUCUUUUUAAGUAUUUUAUAGUCUUUUAUUUAGAUUAAAGUGUAAUU